UGUCAGUCAGUGCACCAGCAGCAUGGAGAUAGCAACACUGUGCGCUGUUGUUGCUUCACUCAGAGUCAUUCCCAGCAGAUCUCAGUUCUUCCAGUAUGAGUCUGUCUCCAUGAGCUGUGGGCAGCAAGACAACUCUUCUAGCUGGAGACUCAAGAGGAACACUUCCUUAUACAUAAACACAACAUGUGCCUCAUCCUCAAAUGGAGGAAAUGAAUCUCAGUGCAUCAUCGAUGACCUUUAUCCAACAGACACUGGAGUCUACUGGUGUGAGUCUGGAGCAGGAGAGUGUUUUGAUGCCAUCACCAUCACUGUGGCAGCUGGUUCUGUGAUCCUGGAGAGUCCUGCCCAUCCUGUGAUGGAGGGAGAAGCAGUGACCCUGCACUGUAGACACACGAACACGUCAUCCUCCAGUUUCACUGCUAGCUUCUAUAAAAACGAUGAGCUCAUUGAGAUCAGCUCUACAGGAACCUUGACCAUCCACAGUGUUUCUAAAUCAGAUGAAGGACUCUAUAAAUGUAAAGUCUCUGAAGCUGAACAAUCACCAGACGCCCUGCUGACUGUCAGAGCAGAGUCUCCUCACCUGCCGCCCGGUUCUGCCCUCACGCCGAUUCUGCUUCCUGUGGUGGGUGUCUGCCUCAUGCUGAUUGUGCUGAUGCUGCUCUGCCUCUGGAGGAGCCACAAAGAUAAAGUGAACCCUGCAGUCUCACACACUGAUGUUACCGUCAUACAGGAAGUGAAACCUCGUAGUUUCAGAGAUUUAGACUCUGAGCCGACCUUCUACUCAACACUCAGUCUGGCAAACAUGUGCCGGGAAACACCGAAAGACCACCAUUUCAGUGUUUGAACUUUGAUUUAUUUAUUUUUAAACUAAACCAAAGAAAGUUUAACGAAACUUUCAAAGAAACGGUUUUCAUCAGCAGCUCCAAUUACUUGACACAACAUUUGCACAAAACUGUCAUUUCCUCUGGGUACUGAUCUCGAAUCUCAUUUUUUAUGUUUGUGUCACGUUCAAGUCAUGUUUGAGAACCUUUGUAGGAGUUGUGUUUGCAUCAAAGUCAUGUUGUUAUUCUUAUUUUUUUUUUCUUUUGUCUGUCGUGGUGAAAGUUUUCCUCGCCUUUCUUUGUCACCUUUUUUUUUCCCAGCCACUUUGUAGCCACUUUGUCUGCACCCUUUGUUGUCAUUUUCUACUCUUUGAAGAUGGCUUGUGUUCAUUUAUAGUUAUUUUGCAACAUAUUGUUGGUCUUUUUGUUCUCUUUGCAGACAAUUUGACUCAAAAUAUCGUAUUUUUCUCUUUAACUCUUGCAUGCAAGAGUUGUGAGUUGUGAGUUGUGUUGGACAAUUUCCUGUAGUUUUUAGUUUUUGCUGUCAUGUUUUUUGCAUAUCUUUGAAGAUCUAUUGUCACUCUCUAGUUGUUUGAUUGUUGACUGAUUGUCAUGGCUUUGCAGUUUUAUUUGCAUUGAAUAAAUUUUGUAUUUUUUCAGUAUUUUGUUUUGUGAUGUAUUUUGGCUUCUUUUGUAGUCACUUUUCCUACAGUUUCCCUUUUCUUUUUUUAAAAAUUUUGUUUUCAUUGUUUUGCAGUUAUUUUGAUGUAUUUUUGUGCCUCUUUAUGAUGAGAUUAGUCUUUUUGUGGUUGUGCUGGACUGUUUUUUGUUUUUCACGGCUUCUUGUGUUACUUUGUAGCAAUUUUGCAACAUUGUACUGACAUUUCUUAAAUUUGCAGUUGUUUCGGAAUGAUUGCAACUCAU